AUGAAUCAACACCAGAUAGCAAAUGCUGAAGCUCAGCGUGCGAUUUACCAAUCGAAAGAUUACCACGAUAUCGAAUUGAAGUGCAAGGACAGCAUUAUCUUUGCACAUAGUGCAAUACUGCUACCUCGCUCCGCGGUCCUCGCCAAUAGAGAAGAUGAGAGAUGGAGCGUCACCGAAACGAAUCUAAGACGGUUUGAUAUGUCAGAUCAGCAUUCAUUCAUCGUUAACGCAGCACUUUCGUACAUCUAUACUUCUGGAUACAAUGAUGACCCUUCUGGCACCUCUUCAAACUUGAACAUGCUUCCUCGCAUACUCCCCCUACCCCAUCAGCCCCCGCAUUCCUUUGCACCUGCUCAAAAUCUUGACGACUCACGAUUGGUUUUCAACACGGAACUGUAUAUUUUCUCCCGCAAAUACAAGAUCGAAAUGCUGGAACGCCUAGCCGCCGAGAAAUUCCGUAACGUCGCAUAUCUUCCUUCACCUCCCUUGUUCAACUCCAACACAGACGUACUAGAGAGGAGACCUGCCUUUGUCGCUGCCGGAUCUCUUCUCUGCGACAACAUGCCGGAUCUUGUCGACAGGAAGACUGAUGAGUUAUGGAGAAAUAUGAAAAUGAUAUCGUUCACGAAUUACAUGAUUUUGAAGGAUGCGAGAUGGAAGGAUGGGGAAGAGAAGAGAAUCUUUUGGGAAAGGGAAGAUUUUGUGACGGAGCUGUUGGAAACGGGAUGGCACAUGCAUCUUGACCUUUCAAUGCGUCUGAGAAAUAUGGGGUAA